AUGUUUCCCCACUCUAUUCAAACUGUCUACAAUUCGUCCAAGCAGUCCCUCGACGCAACCCUUGAAGACUACAUCAUCGAACAGGUAGACGUGGACCCAGAAUUCCCCUCCAAUUUCUUCGACGGGCUAGCAGUGGACGAGAGCACGACCCUUGGGGCAGCGCCGAUGAAGGUGCCCGGGGCAUCCCACGCGCGCAUCACAGAGUUCCAGUCCAGCAUGCUCUGGGGCGGGAUCACACACUCCGACGCCGAGGACCUCCAGGCGGAGCAGCCGGUCCCCGGACUGCCCACCGUGCACUGGCUGGCCCUCGAUAACGACACUCUGGGCGUGAAGCAGCUGAUCAUCGAGUUCGACACCGAGGUCAUCGUCGGUGACGCACCGCCACGGUGGACGACCAGCGUGAUCUACGGCGGCGCCAACGAGUACGUCGCGGCGGGUGCCCAACUCAUCGUGCCCGAGAUGGCCGCCGGGUACUGGUCGAGCAUCCCGGGCGCGCAGCUCGUCACGUUCAACGACACGCACCCUUACGUCCACGCCGACAGCCGCACACAGGCCUGGUUCCUGUGGCAGCCCCAGGCGGCCCUCGGCCGACUCGCCCGUGGCCGUGUUCGAGGCGGACGUGUGGCAGGCCGGCAUGCCCGCCGAGCAGUCCGACCAGGCUCUGAUGAGGCACUGGCUGGACCGGCUUGUGCAGGACAGGUUGACGAUGGAUGCCGUUGUUCUGCCAACUCAUGGUCAGUGGAGGAUUGGAGAUUCGGUGCCGCCAUGUGA